CAUGAAUAUUACACCGGUUGUGAUGCCCUUUCCAUCGUCUUCGCCAGCGGCUGUGCCCCCAAGGCGCCGUCGCAAGACGAGACUGGCAUGUAUCUCCUGCCGCAUCCGGAAAACUGGCUGUGAUGGGGGCCGGCCUGCGUGUGGCACCUGCGUCGUUAGAGGCCGGCCUGAUCAGUGUGUCUAUCAGGCAGACGCCCGCCCUCGAGUUCCGGCCGCCAGCCAGCCCGAGUCUGUGACCCGGUUCGUCUAUACAGCUCACAUGCGUCGCAGCCCAUCGCCAUCUCGGACCAAGUCCCUCGGGAACCCGACGCCGCCAUAUACCGAAUCCCUCGUAGAUCCGGACCUUGUUCAUUUGAACCGCAGCUCCUCGGUUGCAGUCUCCAACGGGAACUCAUCGACUACUCAUGCACCAUCGUUCGACGAUGAGGGUGCCAUCUUCGGCCCGUCUUCGAAUCAUGCCUUCAUCCGGCGUGUAGCUGCUGCAGCGUCGGUUGCCUCUGAAGAUGACAUUCGACAGCAAUCAAACGCCCUCUUUGGAGCCGAGGAACAGUUCAUCAACGAUUCAGUGGGAUUUCCGGUGGUUGAUGAGAGUGGGUUCAGCUAUGAUUAUGAGUCCGUCACCCUUCCACCAAGGCCUCUUUCGGAUGUCCUUGUGCGGGCGUACUGGCGCCAUGUCCAUCCUCUACUGCCCAUUCUGCACCAGCCCUCUGUCUCCCAGACCUACAUGGAUCUGUGGCAGCCGUCGGCCUUUGAUCCGAAACUGCGACGGAAACGCAUAUACUUCCACGCCGUUCUCAACAUGAUGUUCGCGUUAGGCUGUCAACGUUACGAUGGCAUCCCUCCAGAGCAACGCAAGCAGGAUGCCGCCACGUUCUAUAAGAGGUCGUUGCGCCUCGCCUCCGUGGAGACGCUGGAUGUGUAUAGUCUAGUGACCGUGCAGCUUCUGCUUCUUCGCACCUUAUACCUGCAAUAUGCACCUCACUCGGUCCGCUGCUGGACCACUUGCGGUGUUGCGAUCCGAGCAGCCCAAGGCCUAGCCCUGCAUCUGGAUAGGCGGGAGGAGAACCAGAUCCAAAGAGAGACGAGACGCAAAUUAUGGUAUGGCGCCCUGAUAUUGGAACGAUUCGCAGCAACCUCGUCUGGCUGGCCUGUCACGCCGUUGGUCCCAAAUCCAGUUCCAUUCCCCGCCGAAAUCGAUGACGAAUAUCUCUUGGAAUCCGGCGAAGGCCGGCAGCCCGAAAACAUCCCAUCUCGCGUGUCCUUCUUCAACCAGUACGCAAAGCUCACUGUAUCCAUCUGCACCGAAAUACUGGAAAAGGUGUACAGCUACGUCGAUGAAAAGUCAGACGGAAACCCGCAUCUGACGUGCUAUCACUAUCUGCGAGACGUCCCGGAAAUGUGCUCCAGACUGGAUGAUUUCGUUGAGAAUCUUCCGCCACAUCUCAAACAGCAGAACUUCAGCUCGGGGAAUCGGGAACUGGACGAGUGCUUCCAUACGCAAGGAGAAAUCCUGAGACAAAGAGCAGUGUAUAUUCGAUUGCUCGUCCUGCGGCCAUGUCUCCUCACCUCCGUCAAACUCCACAUGCGUGAGAUGGGAGUGUCGACCGGCCGCAAUGAAGACAGCAGUUCAGUCGCUUCACUCCUUCGGGGAAGUACCAUGAGGGAUCUCAGCCUUCUCGGAGUCUCGACUGCCCACAUCGUUCUGGACGAUUUGCAUCUGACCCGGCAAUUGCCCACAUGGCACACAGUCCGAAUGGCCUAUGGGGCAAUGAUUGUGCUGCUUGCGGCAAGCCUGAUACCAGAACUGCUGGUGGAUUUCAAACGCGGCCCGGGGAAGCUGUCGUGGAACAAAACGCUCGACAUUCUUGAGCAGUACAAGCUGCAAGACGCAACUGUCGAGAAUGGUAUCAAGACACUGUGGCGAUAUCACAAUGAAUUUAAAGCCUGGAGGGAUAAAGGCACGGGGAGCACCACCGGCGCACUUGAAACCACCGUAACCGAGGUCAACGAGUCGGCAUCGUUGGAGAACGUAAUGCCCGUCCUGGAUGAGAACUGGCUAGCGAACAUGGCCAAAGAAUUCGAAAAGGACUUCCCGCUGGGAGAACUUGAACAUGAAUUGUUCGACUCGAGCAUGCCCACCGGGUGGGCGAUCCCGUAGCGCGGUGCAGGGAAGUCCUUAAUUUCAGUGCUGGCGGGUACAGUCUAUUAGAUGUGAUAGUUACAGGAA